AUGACAGGGAUUGACCCUAGUAUUAUUGUUCACAGGUUACAGGUCACCCCGGGCUACCCACCGAGGAAGCAGAAACGUAGAAAGUUUGCACCGGAGAGGAACCAAGUAGUGAAUGAUGAAGUCACGAAGCUCCUCAAGAAUGGACUCAUUCGAGAGGUCCACUAUCCCGAAUGGCUCGCAAAUGUGGUGGUGGUCAAGAAAAAGAACGACAAAUGGCGGGUCUGCAUCGACUUCACGGACCUCAAUAAGGCAUGCCCAAAAGACUCGUUCCCACUUCCACACAUCGACAUGCUAGUGGACGCGACAGCAGGCCAUAUAUUGAUGAGUUUCAUGGACGCAUACUCGGGAUACCAUCAAAUCUGGAUGCACCCUGAUGAUGAGGAGAAGACGGCCUUCAUGACCAGCGUAGCGUUAUUUUGCUACAAGUAUAUGCCAUUCGGAUUUAAGAAUGCAGAAGCAACGUAUCAACGCCUGGUCAAUCGGAUGUUUGCAAGCUUGCUGGGCCAAACAAUGGAAGUCUACAUCGAUGACAUGUUGGUCAAGUCCAUCCGCGCGAGGGACCACAUUGAUCAUUUGAGGGAGACAUUUGAGAUUCUUAGAAAAUACAAUAUGAAGCUAAAUCCUACUAAAUGUUCUUUUGGUGUCAAUGCAGGAAAGUUCCUAGGUUACAUGGUUACCCAACGGGGAAUAGAGGCAAACCCGGCUCAAAUCGAGUCGAUCCAGAGAAUCCCUUCCCCCACCUGCUGGACUGAGGAGUGCGAGGAAGCCCUAAAGCAACUCAAGCAGUACUUGACUAGCCCGCCAUUACUCGCAAAACCAAAGAAUCACGAGACUUUGUUGGUGUAUCUGGCCGUCUCUGAUACAGCCAUCAGCGCCGUGUUGGUCAGAGAGGAAGAGGGAAAGCAGUCACCAAUCUAUUACGUGAGCAAGUCACUACUUGAUGCAGAGACACGAUACAGCCAGCUAGAGAAGCCGGCCCUCGCACUGGUCCAUGCGGCAAGGAAGUUACGACCAUAUUUCCAGUGUCAUUCGAUUGUAGUCGCCACCACGUAUCCCUUAAAGGCCAUACUCCAUAAGCCGGAACUAUUCGGUCGAUUGACAAAGUGGGCAGUGGAGUUGAGUGAAUACGACAUCACAUACAAACCACGGACCGCACUUAAAUCUCAGGCCGACAAAGAGUUAUGUUGUCUGAUGGAAGAACCAGACCAAACUGGAACUUGGAAACUAUAUGUUGAUGGAUCCAGCAACGUACGAGGGAGCGGACUUGGAAUCGUCCUCUCAUCACCACGAGGAGACAACAUUGAGCGGUCAAUCCGAUGUGAUUUCAAAACAACCAACAAUGAGGCUGAAUAUGAAGCCAUGAUAGCUGGACUCGGACUAGCUAAAGAAAUUGGGGUAAAACACAUUAACGUAUUUAGUGAUUCUCAACUUGUAGUUAACCAGAUGCAGGGUACAUUUCAAGCCAAAGAUACGAAAAUGACGGCUUACCUGGGCAAGACAAAAGAACUCCAAUCGUGCUUUAAAGAAUUUACCAUCAAUCAAGUGCCGAGGGGGGAAAACGGCCACGCUGAUACUUUGGCCAACCUAGGGUCAGCAAUUCAGACUGCACAACCUAAAACCAUAACUAUCACUUGCCUUCAAUAUCCAGCAAUACAAAGAGAUGAGGCCGAGGAACACGUGACUGCAGUAUCAGUCGGACAAACAUGGAUGACCCCAAUAAUGGAAUAUCUCGAAAGAGAUAUACUCCCAGAUGAUUGGAAUGACGCACAUCGAAUUAAAGCUCAGGCCGCACGAUUCUGCAUCAUCCGAGGUAAACUGUAUAAACGUUCAUUUACCGGUCCAUAUUUGAAAUGCAUUAACCCUGCAGAAGCAAGAUACGUCUUGUCCGAAUUACACGAAGGUGAAUGUGGCAACCACUCGGGAGGCAGAAGCCUCGCACACCGCGCCUUAACCAACGGUUACUACUGGCCCACAAUGAAAGCAGAUGCAACUGAUUACGCCAAAAAAUGCGAUAAGUGCCAACGAUUCGCCCAAAUAUCACAUCUGCCCCCGGAACCCCUGACUGCUAUCACUUCGCCAUGGCCAUUCAUGAAAUGGGGGAUGGACAUUGUAGGCAAAUUGCCCAUUGCGCCUGGACAGAAGGUAUACAUGUUGGCAGUGACCGAUUAUUUUAGCAAAUGGAUAGAAGCAGAGUCUUUCCACCAAGUUCGUGACAAAGAAGUCAAGGGGUUCAUAUGGAAGAACGUGAUCUGCCGGUAUAGGGUGCCCAAGGAGAUCGUCACGAACAACGGGUCCCAAUUUAUAAGCGCAGACUUUCAAGAUUUUUGCAGGUUUUGGAACAUCAAGCUAAGCUUCUCAACGCCAAGGGACCCCCAAGCCAACGGGCAAGCAGAAUCUUCCAACAAAACCAUCAUGAACACCUUGAAGAAACGACUAGAGAAGGCCAAAGGCAAAUGGGCAGAUGAGUUACCGGCGUGCUAUGGUCCUACCGAACAACUACAAGAGCAUCAACAGGGAAAACACCAUUCUCCCUCGCCUAUGGGAUGGAGGCAGUAA